AUGGCCGCCAAAAUCUUUGUUGCUCUUUGCACGUUUGUCUUUAUUAACGCCGUCCACAGUCAAGUAGUAAGAGGUGGCAUUGCACCUAACCUUUUACCAAUCACCGAAACGAUUCUACCUAACCAAGUAAUAUUCAACCCAAACUUGUAUCCAGUCGCGCAAAACCUUAUUAAUUACGAAAUACCUUUAGGUCUGUCACCGCCAAUCACCGUGCCAGCAACUACAACCAUAAUUCAAGAUAGUACGGUCGCAAAUAACUUGGCAAAUGCCUUGCAGCUGUUGAUUGUCAGUAACCUUCUCAGUAACACAUUACCUUAUAUGGGUUCUGAUGUUAUAGUGCCUGGAAUCGGUGCACCAAUAGCACUACCAGGAUAUGGAUAUGUAUUGUAA